AUGGCCACUAUGCUCUCCACCCCUCCAAGAUCUCCUCCUUCUCUUCCUCCUCCUUCUCCUUCAUCCUCUCCAACAUCCAAAUUCUUCAUCCGUUCCUUCCCAACCUUCAACUUCAACUCAUACUCCACCUCCAUUAUCUCCCAAAUCAAUCACCAUCUCACCACCAUCCUCCCCACGCACAACUAUCCACAGAGCCUCCACAACUCCAUGCAAAACUCUGUCCUCAAUCUCAACCUCAACCUCAACCUCAACUCCAAUGAUCAUCACUUCCUCCCCAUCCUAACCAUAGCUUCUUGCGAACUCGUCGGCGGAGACCGUAAUACUGCCAUUCCAACAGCAUGCGCUAUGGAGAUAGCUCAUGCUGCCUCCCACUUGAGUGAAAACCAAUUCAGUCGCAGCUCUUCAAAGUAUGAUCAAGGAAUGGCUGUGCUCACAGGUGAAGCUUUAUUUUCCCGGUCUUUAGAAUGCGUUGCUCGCUUUACUCCUCUUGAUCUUGUCCAAGACUUAAUUGUUCAACAAGUUGUUUCGGAAAUUUCCGAGUGUUUUGGAUCCAUUGGAGUGGCAGGAGGGAAGAGUAUGAACGUAAGUUGUGAAGAAGAGAUGGUUUGGAUGUUGAAAAGGAAGUUCGGUUCAAUGACCGAGUGUUCGGCAGUUUGUGGAGGCUUGAUUGGAGGAGCCGGAGAGGAUGUACUAAAAAGCUUGAGAAAGUAUGGGAUGGCAGUGGGAAUUUGGAAACAAGUGAUUAGUGAGAUUAAGUUAGGAUUUGAUAAGGAGAGGAUUGAUUUGAAGUUGCUGAGGGUGGUGGGAAUGGAGAGGGCUAUGGAGAUGGAGGAGGAGUUUAUGAAGGAGGCCAUGAGAGAGUUGGAGAAGUUGGAGGAGGAGUACGGAGAGAGAGUUGUGCCUCUUCAUUGCAUGUUGGAGAUGAAGGAUAAUUAG